AUGUUAACAAAUGAUAGUACAUUGUUAAAAAUGAUUUUGAAUACACUUGAUUUUGAUGUUCUUCGUCUUCAAUCACUUGGCUAUAAACAAGAAUUAACACGAGCAUUUACUCGUUUAACUAAUUAUGGAAUGUCAUUAUCAGUUAUUAGUGUUACAUCUGGUCUUUCAUCAUUAUUUUCAUAUGGUAUGAUAACAGGUGGUCCAGUUGUUAUGAUAUGGGGAUGGCUUAUUGUUUGUUUUUUUACUCUUUUUAUUGUUUUUGGUAUGGCAGAAAUAUGUUCAGCUUACCCAACAUCAGGUGGUCUUUACUAUUGGACAGGUAUACUUGUACCACAACGACAUAAAGCAUUAGUAAGUUGGUUUACUGGAUGGUUUAAUUUAAUUGGACAAUUUACUAUAACAACUGCUAUUGAUUUUAGUCUUGCUAUGUUGAUAGCAAGUGUUAUUUCAUUAAGUUUAAAUUUUCAAUGGUCACCUGAACGAUAUCAUAUUAUUCUUAUAUAUUUAAUAAUUAUAAUAAGUCAUGGAAUAUGUAAUUCAUUAGGAAUACGUUUUCUUUCUUGGUUAAUAUAUAUAUCAACAUGGUGGCAAUUAUUAGCACCAAUUAUUGUUUCAUUAGCACUUCUUAUUGGUGCUAAAUCAGGUCAUCAAUCAAUUAAAUUUGUUUUUACAGAAUUUAAAAAUGAAACUGGAUGGACAAAUAAAAUUUAUGUUAUUUUAAUGGGUCUUUUACCAGCUCAUUAUGUUCUUACUGGUUAUAAUGCAUCAGCUCAUAUAACAGAAGAAACUAAACAAGCUGAUAAAGCUAGUCCAUGGGGUAUGAUUAAUGCCAUAUUAGUUUCUAUUAUUAUUGGAUGGAUCUUUCUAAUUGCAUUCUUUUUUGGUAUACACGACUAUGAAACUACAAUAAGAACAUCAACUGGCUUUCCAAUAAUACAAAUUUUACUUGAUAAUUUUAAUAAUGAAUUAACAUUAUUUUUUAUGUGUCUACUUUUAAUAGCAUGUUGGUUUUCUGGUUUAGCUUCAGUAACAACAAAUUCAAGAAUGAUUUAUGCAUUUAGUCGUGAUAAUGCUAUGCCCGGUUCUUGUUGGUGGCAUAUAAUUCAUCCUCGCUUAUCAUGUCCACUUAAUGCUGUUUGGUUAUCAUGUUUUAUUGCAUUUCUUCUUGCACUUCCUUAUUUAGGUAAUACAACUACUUUUGUGGUUAUUACAAGUCUAUCUACUGUUUGUUUAUAUAUAUCAUAUAUACUGCCUAUUGUAUGUAAACUUCUUUAUCCGAAUGCAUUUCUUCGUGGUCCAUUUCAUCUUGGAAUAUUUUCAAAAUUUAUUAAUAUAAUUGCACUUCUUUGGGUUUGUCUUAUUAUUGUUCUUUUUGUUCUUCCACCAAUUUAUCCAAUUACUGCUGUUACAAUGAAUUAUGCAUCAGUUGGUGUUGGAAUUGUUUACUAUCCAGUAGCUCGUAGUUCAGGUUGGCUUGUUGAUCAAUCAUUUAAACAAUGUUGUACUUAUAGUAAUCAUAUGGAAAUGUUUUGUGGUGGUACUCAACUUCAAUGGAAUGUUCAUAGAGGAAAAUGUAGUAUUUGUGGUGAACCAUAUGAUAAACCAGCUAAAUUAUUUGAAAAAGGAGGAGCUAUGUAUACAGCUAAUCAUAAAGGUCAUUUUGAAUUUCGUUUAUGUAAUGUGGAUAGUAAUCCAAAUUCAGAUGCAACACAAGAAUGUCUUGAUCGUCGAGUAUUAAAAAUUGCUGGAACAGAUUCAACUAGAAUUCGUGAUGUUGAUAAAUAUGGUACAGCAACAAUUACUGUUCGUGUUCAACUUCCAUCAGACGUUGCUUGUCGACAUUGUGUUUUUCAAUGGAAAUAUACAGCAGGAAAUAAUUGGGGUACAGAUCCUAUAACUGGUCAAUCAGGUCUUGGAAUGGGUAUUGAAAAUGAAACAUUUAUGGGUUGUUCAGAUAUUUCGAUUAAUGGUAAUGGUUCACCUAUUGAAACAAUACCUCCUAUUAUUGUUACACCUGGUACUCCAGCAACAACAACAACAAAAACAAGUUCUCGCCCACCAAGUGGUUCAACUACUUGGUCAUCUAAUGGUGUUCAAUAUAAAACUAAUGAUAUAGUAUUAUAUGAAGGCAAGAAAUUUCAAUGUAUCGCCGAUCAUACAUCAUUUCCUGGAGCUGAACCAGGCAUCCUUACUUGGGCUUGGUGGAAACCUAUAAACUAA